AUGCAAAGAGAGGAAUCAGUAAUUCAAUUGUAUGUUCAUCUAGUAGUUGAGAUGAAUACAAUGCAGAGCAACAACCCACAAGUUGUGAUGAGCAAUGCUCUUGUGAAUGAUAACUUUGGAGUGCCAAUGGAGGAUACAAACAUGGACAUGUUUCAUGGUUAUAUACUGGAUGAUGUGGAGGCCAUGAAGAUGGUACAGGAACCACCGCACAAGCUGAAUACUAUUCCUAAGAAAAAGAGGCAACACCCAGUUGCUUGGACUCACGAAGAGCACAAGAAUUUCCUGCAUGGACUAGAAGUGUAUGGCCGUGGUAACUGGAAGAACAUAUCUAGGUACUUCGUCCCCACAAGGACGCCGAUCCAGAUCUGUAGCCAUGCGCAGAAGUAUUUCCAUAGGAAGGAGUGCACCACUAGGAAACAACACUUCAACAUCAAUGAUGUCGGCCUCUAUAACACAGAGCCAUGGGUGCAGAAGAACUCUUCUAGUUCAAAGUCUCUCGCCUUUGGCCGUAGUGCUUACAACACACAUUAUUAUGACGUUGAGGGACAACAAGUUGUCUUGAACAAACUCGCACAUGCUAGCCAAGCGAGCAGUAGACAUGCGGCCACCUGGACUAGAGGUCAGCACAUAAUAGCUAGUUCAUCCAUAGAUCCAACGAUGGUGCAGAGUAACUCUCUUGGAUGGGAGGCGCUCGCCUUCACUAGAGGUGUUGACGACACAAAUUACUAUGACUUUGAUGGACAACACAAUGCCAUGAACAACCUCACAUGUGCUGACCUGGCGAGCAACAACCAAGUAGCCACUUGGACUAGAGGUCAACAGACAACAACUAGUUCUUCUGUAGCUCCAACGACAAUUCAGAAUACUUCUCCGAGCUGGGAGGUGCUUUCCUUCACUGGCAGUGCUUACAACACAAACUACUAUGACUUUGAUGGACAACAAGUUGCCUUGAACAACAUCACAAGGGGGCAACCAUGGUGA